UUAUUCCCAAUCCUCUGGACUCAGUUGAGGAAUUGGAAAACCUUAAUGAUCGACUUGCAGAUGAAGAUGCUAGGAAAAAAAUGUUACAAUUCUUCCUUGCUCUGUGUGGGCAUAACCAUGGUGUUAGCACAAGAAGAAUCCUGGCUAAGGUUGGAACAAACAAGCUGUGGUCAUUAUAUAGUCUGAAGGGGAGAAAAGCAAAGCGGGCAUUUAAAGAACUUGCUGUCUCGAAAAUUGUUAUCAAGGCCUGUCUACGUGUUCACAAAGGUGUAAGUGAAAUAGACAUCGAGGAACAAAUUGCAGAGUAUUUGAAGCAUGCUCCACAGAAAUCCGGUGGCUCUAGAUACAAGGAUCGUAGGAACCAGGAGCAAGGAAGUGCAUAACUUAUUUUAUGGUGUACAUUUUAUCUAAGGCCUAUCUACACGAUGCGAUUAUAGUGGUAUGCGAUUCUUAUCCAGACGUAUGAAAACGAUUGCUGAUGCCAGUCUUUCUGUUCCUCAGUUUAUUAAAACGAAAUUUAAAAUUUGACAUCUUUACACACGUAUU